UUUCUGAUGGGCAUAUUAAAAAAAAAUAACCGUGUUUCCUGCCUCAACGUAAAAUUCAUUACGUCAUAACAACAAAGCUUAUUGAUUUUUAAAUAAAAACUGCAUAGGUGUGCCGAAUGUCAAAAGUAGUAACAAACAAAAUAAACUUGUAAUAAAAAUUAAGUUUAAAUUACAAAAUCUACAAUGGCUGCUAAUAUUUUAAGAUUAAAACCCUUAGAAUUUGCUCAUAUAUUAGAUUUGAAUUCCAACAUUACAUAUGUUGAGAUAGGUCCAUCAUCACUUAUUUUACAAGAAAAUCAAGUUGUUGUUUUUGGCCCGGCCUCCUUUGUUGUUAUUCCUCCUGGCCAUUAUUGUGUAGUUGUAAAUCCAGUGAAACAUCCUGUUAUCUAUGGAAAACAAGCAGAAUUAAAAUUUGCACAGGAAGAGGUUCGAUUACACCAGGAACCAUUUCCACUAUAUCCUGGUGAAGAGCUAAAGGGCGCUAACAAAGCAGAUUACAGAGCUUGCAUUAAGAAAUUGCCUGUAGUUUUACACGGUACUGCAUUAAAAGUGCAAGCACUUGUUGAUUUUCAUGAUGGAAAAAUUCAAAGAGCAGCUGGAGAAGAAUGGCAUGUUGAAGGACCAUGUACAUAUUACCCACGCCCUGAAUGUAAAGAAAAGGAUACUGUUAAAUCAAUUGUUAUUAACUAUGGCAUGGCUUUGCGUUUACAAGCUCAAAGAGAUUUAAUUGACAAAAAUGGAAAGUUUAGAGUGACAGGUGAGGAAUGGUUGGUUAAGAAACCUGGUGCUUAUUUACCUGGUGUAUAUGAAAGAGUUGUUAAACUUGAAAGCGGUUACACUCUUACACUGAAUGAUGCUCUUCAUAUGUGUGCUAGCAUUAAUCUUGUUGAUGGAUUACUCACACCUAGAGUUGCUGGAGAGGAAUGGUUGGUAACAUCAGAAGAAACACCUCUAUAUAUUCCUGAAGUUGGAGAAGAUAUUGUAAAGCAAAUCUCACGUACAGUGCUAUCUAAAGACCAAUUUUGUGUUGUUUUAAACCCAGUUGAAAAUGGAAAACAGUGUUUUGGUAAAAGACAGUUAAGAAAAGGGCAGACUUCUUUUUUUCUUCAGCCAGGAGAGGAACUUGAAAAUGGUAUUCAAAAUGCAUAUCUACUUGAAUAUGAUGAAGCACUUAUUUUGUCUGCUGCUGCAGAAUUUGAAGACUUAUCUGUUAAUCCUCCCAUCCAACGCAAACCUGGAGAUUUAUGGAUGAUACGUGGAUCCCAAGUUUACAUUCCACCAGUUGAAGUAGAUGUUAAGCUCAAAAGAACACCUAUUGCACUUGCAAAGAAUGAAGGUGUUUAUGUUCAGGAUCAGAAGAAUGGAAAGGUAUUUACUGUCCUGGGCCCUAUUUCAUAUUUAUUAACCGAAACAGAGACUUUAUGGGCUAAAGAAUUGUCACCUCUGACUGUCAAAAUGUUAGCGAAUGGCGGUUGUUGGGGGGAUGAAGAUAUUCGGAAACUGGCGUACUUUGAGUCUUCAGUAGACCCAGUGUAUGCUAAUGAAAAGCGAGACAAAACAAGAAUAGUAACUUAUCGAGUUCCUCCAAAUGCUGCAGUACAGGUUUUUGAUCACCAAAAACAAACAGCUCGUGUGGUGUUUGGUCCAAAUCUUGUUGUUUUGGAACCUUCAGAGGACUUCAAUAUUUUAAAUUUAAGUGCUGGAAAGCCAAAAAAAGAAGGGGCAUUAAAAUCUCUUGCUAUUAUGCUUGGACCUGAUUAUAUUACCGAUGUUAUUGAGGUGGAGACAUUAGAUCAUGCUCGUUUAUCCAUAAAGUAUGCUGCUAAUAAUAAAUUUGAGGUUGAAAUUGGUAACAAAGUAUCAGAAGCGAAAAUAUUUUCAGUACCUGACUACAUUGGUUUUGCAACUAAAUCAAUUGCAAGUCGUAUUCGAGGUCAAGUAGCUCGAACUUCAUUUGAUGAGUUUCAUCGUUAUUCAACAAGAAUCGUUAAAGAAGCAGUUUUUGGUUUUGACGAUGAAGGGAAUGUGCGUCAUGCACUUUACUUUAGUGAAAAUGGACUGAAAGUUACAAACAUUGAUGUUCAAAGUAUUGAGCCGGUGGAUGCUCACAUGCGGGAUAGUUUAUUGAAGUCUGUACAGUUAGCAAUUGAGAUCUCUACUCAAUCUAUUGAACGAUCAGCUGUACAUGAAGCAGCGAGACAUGAACAAACAGCAAAAGGAAACUUAGAUAAGAACCGUUUAUUCAAUGAAAAGGCAGCUGAAGAAGAACGCAGAAGGUUGUAUGAACUUAGAGCAGUAACAGCAGCUGUUGAGUCAAGUGGUCAAGCUAUUGCUGAAGCUAAAGCGCUAGCAGAAAGAGCUUUAAUUGAAGGAAAGACCGCAAUCGAAGUUGCUAAGCUACGAACAGAAGCAGAAUCAAUAGAAGCUGAAGCUAAACUCCAUUCGCUUGAGCAGCAACGAAAAGCUGAAAUUGAUUAUAUAAAGACUGUAAACCAGAUGGAAAUUGAAAAAGCCAAAUCACUUGCUGAUAUUGAGACACAAAAGUCGUCAGCUAUGAUAAAUGUUAUUGGAUCAGAUGUUGUCCGCAUCAUUGCAGAUGCUGGUAUGGUUGCAAAGAUGAAUAUGUUGCAAGGACUUGGUAUAAAAAGUACAUUAAUCACGGAUGGGAAGACCCCUAUAAACCUUUAUCAAGCUCCAAAUGGAAACAUUUAUCCUGUCUGCCAAUAGAAACGAUCGCUUUAUGUUGUUUGUGUAUGGUCACACUGGCGCACUAAUAAAUUGUAGCGAUUUUUGUAACUGUUAAUUUAUGUAAAUUAUUUAUUUUCACGUGUUUUUUAAUUUGUAUGGGAAGGGGUGGAGUAAAUAACACUAAAUUAAAAUGUUUCUAUAAAUCAAUUUUUUUUUUGUAAAACGUCAAUUUGUAAUGAAUAUAUUUUUUGAUGGUGAUA